GUACUAACUGCGCAUGCUUGAUGAGUAUACGUUCCUGCUAAACCGUAGGAAGUUCCUGUGAACAAAAUGAUCAUUUUCGAUAGGGCAAUUGCUACGUAGAAGGAAUGAGUACACAACCAUGAUCAUCUUGUAGAUAAGUUAGAUUAGUUUUUUUUUUGGUUUUAUAGCUCCGAGGCAGAAGUAAAAAAUUACUUUGAGAGGCGUAUUCUUUCCUGUUUUUUACUUGGCAGGAACGACAUUCAUUACGUCGUUAGGUUACUUGUUUAGUUGGUUAACUAAGUUAGCUUUUGAGCUAACGACUCGCCAACGCAUCACCUUAAAUUUCUUGGAAUUCCUAUUUCAAGAUGUCAAAUGGUGGCUUCAGCUCUCGGAAUGGGGCUAGUGGGGCGUCGUAUAUUAAUGGUCCCUUCCAGAAUCCCAUAACACUUCAUCCUUCAACUCAAGGGUACAUUGUGGCCCAACCAAGCUCCACCAUGACUCAGUCUAAAGCUCCAUUGCUGCCUGCCCCAGAUAACUACAAUUUCAAGCUCUAUCAGCAAGCCCCACCAAUGAGCCUGUACCAAAGCCCCUCUGGGUCAUCCAUGCCCAGCAGGUCACCAGAGGGAUGUUUGGAGCCCUUUGCACCGUUUCAAACUGCAGUGAAUAACCACAGAAUGCUUUUAUUACCCACUCCACAGAGCUCCUCAACCCCUCCAGUGUCCAACAGUUUCUGCCAGAAUCUUCAGCAACCUAGAAGCAGGCAGUAUGAGGGACAUACACACAUGGGCAAUGAAGUGAGCCCUAAUCCAGCCCUGGGAUCAAGUCUGACAUCCAUGGCUUACAGCUUGGGAACAGCCACACCUCCUUUUUUUUGUAAUGCACCACAGUCUCCUGGACCACCACCAGCCUCUGCGAGUAACCUCCCUGUACCAGGGCCUAAUGCAGCAAAUGCCGUACCCCACACCUCAAAUCAGCUUGACCGAAAACUUUAUGGCACCCCGCCUGCAGUAGGGUCACCAGCAGCCGUGGGAGCUUCACCACCUUUACCUACUCCUGGCCUUUUAGUCAGUUCUGUUUUGGCACCCCCCCCUGCUGGUCAGAAUGAAGCUGGCCCAUACCCUCCUCAGCCAGGACAGAUGAGCAAGCCAGCUAGCACUGCUUACCCUUCAUUGGAACCUGGUUACCAGGGCAUAGAAGGGGUACCCAAGCCAUUACCUAUGCACCCUCCAACACAGCCUUAUAGCUCCCCACCUCAACAAUACCAGCAGCCUUCUGUAGGUCCAGCCCAACUAAGUCCAUCCUUGUCUGCAUUAAGCCUGCAGUCCCAGACCCCUGAGGCUCUAAGAGUGGUCAACCUCCUGCAGGAACGUAAUCUCUUGCCCCCUGGACCUGUUCCUGCCCCAACACCCUGCUUGCCUCAGGACCUGCAAAAACUCAACUGUAGCCCAGAGGUCUUCCGUAGCACACUCACCAGCAUCCCUCAGACACAGGCACUCUUAAGUAAAGCGAAACUGCCUCUUGGUUUGCUGUUGCACCCGUUUAAGGAUCUCUCACAACUACCUGUAGUUACGUCCAGCAGCAUAGUGCGCUGUCGUUCCUGUAGAACCUAUAUCAAUCCAUUUGUGUCCUUCCUGGAUCAAAGGCGGUGGAAGUGCAACCUGUGCUAUCGAGUUAAUGAUGUUCCUGAGGAUUUCAUGUACAAUCCAGUCAGCAGAUCAUACGGAGAGCCACACAAAAGACCUGAGAUCCAGAAUGCUACCAUUGAAUUUAUUGCUCCCUCCGAAUAUAUGCUGAGACCACCACAGCCUGCUGUGUACCUCUUUGUGCUUGAUGUGUCCCACAACGCUGUGGAAACAGGAUAUCUUGAUGUUGUCUGCCAGUCGCUUCUAGACAAUCUUAAUUCUCUUCCAGGAGAUACAAGAACAAAGAUUGGCUUCAUCACGUUUGAUAGCAUGAUCCACUUCUACAACCUACAGGAAGGACUGUCCCAGCCGCAGAUGCUUAUUGUUUCAGACAUUGAAGAGAUUUUUUUACCCACUCCUGACAGCCUUUUAGUGAAUCUCAAUGAAUGCAAAGAGUUGGUACGAGACUUGCUGAAAAGUUUACCUCAGAUGUUCACAAAAACAAUGGAGACUCAUUCUGCUCUGGGUCCUGCCCUGCAAGCCUCCUUUAAAUUGAUGUCACCCACUGGCGGCAGAGUAUCUGUCUUUCAGACCCAGCUUCCAUCCUUGGGUGUGGGGGCGCUCAAUUCUAGAGAGGAUCCCAACCAGAGAGCAUCAGCAAAGGAUGUUCAACAUCUCUCUCCUGCUACGGAUUUCUAUAAGAAGCUGGCACUUGACUGUUCUGGGCAGCAGGUGGCUGUGGACCUCUUUUUGCUGAGUGCACAGUACAGUGAUCUCGCCACUUUAGGAUGUAUAUCCAGAUAUUCAGCAGGAAGCAUUUAUUUCUACCCUUCAUAUCACAGCCAACACAACCCUGCACAGACAGAACGCUUCCAGAAAGAUCUCAAGAGGUAUCUCACCCGCAAGAUUGGAUUUGAAGCUGUUAUGAGGAUACGCUGUACUAAAGGCUUGUCCAUACAUACUUUCCAUGGAAACUUCUUCGUGCGAUCCACCGACCUCUUGUCUUUACCGAACGUUAACCCUGAUGCUGGCUUUGCUGUGCAGAUGUCCAUUGAAGAGAACCUGGUGGACAUGCAAGUGGUGUCAUUCCAAGCAGCCCUGCUCUACACUUCCAGUAAAGGAGAGAGGAGGAUCCGAGUGCAUACCAUGUGUUUGCCUGUGGUGAAUUCUAUGUCCGAUAUCUUUGCUGGAGCUGAUGUACAAGCCAUUAUUGGCCUGCUGGCUAGUAUGGCUGUGGAUCGCUCAGUGACAGCUAGCCUGAGUGAUGCCCGUGAUGCCAUGACCAAUGCUGCCAUCGACUCACUGAUAUCCUACCGCACCUCUGUACUUACCAUCCAACAACCUGGCCUGCUUGCUCCUGCCUGCCUGCGCCUGUUCCCCCUCUAUGUCCUGGCCCUGCUCAAACAGAAAGCAUUUCGGACAGGGACCAGCACCCAACUGGAUGAUCGUGUCUUUGCUAUGUGCCAGCUGAAGUACCAGCCACUCAUUUACCUCAUGCUCAUGAUCCACCCUUCCCUUUACCGACUGGAUAAUUUGACUGAUGAGGGGGCGCUGAACGUAAAAGACCGCACCAUCCCUCAGCCAAGAAUGCUGCAGUUGUCUGUAGAGAAACUCAGCAGGGAGGGGGCCUUUCUCAUGGAUACAGGCUCAGAGAUGUAUCUCUGGGUGGGAAGAAAUUGCAACCCUACUUUCCUGAAACAAGUGCUGGGAGUCCAGAACUAUGUGACUGUGCCUCUGAACAUGAAUCAGCUACCAGAGUUGGAUACAGCAGAGUCUACCAGAACAAGAGCUUUCAUUGGCUGGCUGAGAGAGCAACGAUCUUUCUAUCCAGUAUUGCAUAUUAUAAGAGAUGAAAGCCCGCUCAAGGCCAAUUUUAUGCAGAAUAUGAUUGAGGACCGGACUGAGUCUGCCCUGUCUUAUUAUGAGUUCCUGCUUCAUGUACAACAGCAAGUCUCCAAAUAAGCCAGUCGGCUGAUGGAUCAGCCAAAUACACUAAACAACUGCAGCAUCCCCAGAGCCUCCUCCAUAUGUAACAUGGAGAACACAGUUCUCUGUCUGCUACCUACCUACUAUGUUUUUCACAUUCAGCAGUGAACUUUCUCAUCCUAGAAACCAACCUAAAUACAAACUCCUAAAUUCUGUAUUUGUCAUCCACAACGAGGAAAAAGUGAAAUGACAGUAUUUUCAUUAAUAUUAAGUAGCGUUACUGGUGAACAGGGCUGUUUCAAACUAUAAGUGAUAUAAGAACUCUCUCUGAGUUACUAAGGGGAGUGGAGUAUGCAUUGUUUUUUAAUUGUUCAAUAUUAUUUGUAAUAAAGCACAGUGAAUCUAGAGAUUGUUAACACUUUUAUAAACAGUUUCUUUAUAAACAGUUAAUUUAGUGUUUAUGCUUGUUCUCGCAUAUAAAAGAAUAUUAUUGAGUGGUUGGGGUGGGGGCCUCCCUCAAGCAGGAUGUCGCUUAGGACCCCCUAAAUGUUCAGAAAUGGCUCUGUUGACGAAGCACACUCUUAAUUAAAUAAUGAAGUCGUAUGUGUGAAUUUUAAGCUUUGUGCAAAAAUAUUUGUUAUUUUUGAGGGUUAGAGUUAGAUGCCAGCACAUAUACUAAUAUAUCACAACUUUUUAAAAUCAGUUGGGCUAAAUACAGUUAUAUCUCUUGAAGUCAGUUUUCGAACAAAUGCUGGAGCCAUGUGUUCUCUUUUUAGAUCAGUAUGUGAUGCGAUUGUUUCUAAUUUAUUACUUUUCCCUGUAUUGACCAAGUGAAAAAGUAUUCCUUGAUCUAAUAAUUUUUUUUGCAAAAGUUUCCCAUCUUCUGUGUUGUUUGUUUUGUUUUUGUUUUUGUUUUUUUACUCAUUUGUUUUUUCAUUGUUGGUUUUAUUUAGUGUCUAUCAGUUCAGUUAAGGUCUGUAUUUGCCUUGUUUGGGAACUUCUAUUGUUAAACUUUCAUUACAAUACAGAUGCUAUAAGUGAAUAAAAUUUUAAUAGAAUAUGGUGAAAUUCUUUAACAUAAUUUAUAACAAAGCCAGUGUGAUGUUUUAAUUAUUCUCUAACCUAUAUAUUGAUUGAUUAUAUACACACAAGUGAAUGCAAAGAACUGUUGGUAAUAGUAUGACCAUAUUCAGAUUAUGAUAAAUUAAGUGGUUGAGUCUUUUGUAAAAUCUGGUCACUGGCUUAUUAUGUGUAUGAAUAAGGAAUACUGUUCAGUACUAUGCUGAUAACAAAAUUCUUCUCACGUUCUCUUUUAUUUUUCAUAAAACCUGCAGUGUGAUGUGGAAAAAGCUGGCAUAUUAAAAAAAUAUUUUCAGCUGAAUCAGUCCAUCCAUAAUUACUCUUAACCUACUGUUAUGAAGGAACAAUUAUAUAGUUCUGAAUGUUUAAAUAAACUUUGUUUUAACUAUUUACCCUUUUAUGAAUAAAAGAAAUGAUUGAAAAAAAAAAGUAAUACAUAUCACAAAGCAUAUCACAACUCUUUUAAUUAUUUUUUUACAACCAUGCCACUUGAAGUUUUUUCAUUUUUUUGGUAUUGUCAAACCAACCUUCUAUACUGUCAAAAUGAACAUCUGAGAUAGGAUGAUUUGUACAUUGUCUACGGUUUUGUAAAUGUGUAAACAUUUCUUAAAGAAUUAAAGAGUUCUGUAUGAAAA